CUUGGUUCGCCGCACGGCACCAGAAGCACGGCCGUGUUCUCAUCCCCUCCACACGUUUCCGCCUCCCGAUCCACGUCCGCCGUUAGCCGCGGCCGACACAGCUCCUCCUCCUCCUCGCAGCUCUUCUCCAGCUCUCGGAGGCCCGAGGUUUCAUCGACCCGCGCUCCUUCAUCCUCGACACCUCACUCCGGCGGCGCGGGUCCGCAGUGCUGCACAUCGCGAGCCGCGCGGCACAGCCGCACUUGUUGUCCUUCGUGCGUGGGGUGCGGUUCGACGCGGCGGCGGGAUGGCGGCGAGCGCGCGGGACAGCGCCGAUGCAGCGGAGCGAGUUGUGGAUGACCACGACGGCUGGGCGUCGGACGCCGAGAUGGACGUGGAGAUGGAUGUGGUGGAAGGCGAUGCCGACCGGAGGGACGGCGGCGCGGAUGGUGAUGAUGAAUACUUGCUGCUCACUAGGAUAAGGGACACGUCAGCAGCUGAAGCAAGGGCAGGAAAGGAUAUACAAGGUAUACCAUGGGAGAGGAUACACAUAGCCAGGCAAGAUUACCGAAAAGCUAGGUUGGAACAGUAUAAGAACUAUGAAAAUUUCCCUCAAUCAGGAGAGCUCAUGGAUAAGUUGUGCAAGCAAGUGGAGAAGAGCAGCAAGUAUUAUGAAUUUCAGCACAACACUAGAUCAGUGAAGCCAUCAAUUCUCCAUUUUCAGCUUAGGAAUUUGUUAUGGGCAACAUCGAAGCAUGAUGUCUAUUUUAUGUCAAAUUCCACAGUAAGCCACUGGUCAUCAUUGUCUCACAAAUUAUCAGAGGUUCUUGACUUCUCUGGGCAUGUUGCUCCAGCGGAGAAGUAUCCUGGCAGUUUACUAGAAGGUUUCUCUGGUGUUCAAGUUAGCACACUUGCUGUGAAUGAGGGUUUGGUGGUAGCUGGCGGUUUUCAAGGAGAACUAAUUGGCAAAGAUGUGGAAGGCUGUAGUGUAAAAUUCUGUAUGAGGACAACUUUGAGUGACAAUGCCAUAACAAAUGCCAUAGAUAUACACAGAUCGAUAAGUGGAAGCCUGCACAUUACAGUAUCUAACAACGAUUGUGGUGUUCGUGAAUAUGAUAUGGAGAGAUAUCAGCUCGUGAACCACUACCGAUAUAACUGGCCGGUUAAUCACACAUCCGUGAGCCCAGAUAAGAAACUUUUGGCUGUGGUUGGAGAUGAUCGAGAUGCUCUUCUUGUGGAUUCACGAAAUGGAAAGGUAACCUCUACCCUAGUUGGCCAUCUGGACUACUCAUUUGCUACGGCAUGGCACCCGGACAGCCGGACAUUCGCGACCGGGAACCAGGACAAAACCUGCCGCAUCUGGGACACCCGCAACUUGUCGACCUCACUUGCAGUACUGCGGGGCAACAUCGGCGCGAUCCGGUGCAUCCGCUACUCCUCCGACGGGCGGUUCCUGGUGUUCUCGGAGCCUGCCGACUUCGUCCAUGUGUACAGUGUGGCUGCGGACUACAAGAAACGGCAGGAGAUCGACUUCUUUGGUGAGGUGUCCGGGAUCACGCUCAGCCCGGACGACGAGUCCCUGUUCAUCGGAGUGUGCGACCGCGUCUAUGCCAGCCUGUUGCAGUACAGGAUGAUCCGCGGAUUCGACUAUCUUGACUCAUACGUGUGAAGAACUGAGCUUUGGUGACCGGUGUUGUGCUAGGUGCUGGCUGAAGGUUCUGAUGCGCGGUUCAGGGAAUAUAUCUGCCUGCUCUUAGUUCAUGGCGAAUGAUGGUUCGGUGGGACUCGACGCCAGCGAAUCUGCCGUGUAAAUAGUUUAGAAUUUGAAGCGUAGUGUAGUGCUGUGGACCAAUGCUGUCUCUGAACAUACAUAUGAUCAGAGUAAUGUGUGUUUGCGCUGUUAGUUUCAGACUCCGGAAUACAAAUAGUUUUGGACCAAAUUCCUAAAGCCUGUUUGUACUGUGGAACACAUGAAAGGGCUAGUUUGUAUUCACUUCGAUAUAUGUGUUGUUAUUAUUGAGUUCCCUGGACAGUGUUUCAAAUUUAAACAUCGUAUUUUUAGAUGCAUAAUAAAAACAUGUAUGCAGAUAUAAC